AUGGAGAAAAUCACUUUCGCGAGCGGAUUAAACUCUGAAAUGUACGCGAAUCAACCCUGGAGACCCUGGCUCAACCAAACCUGUCGCAAAACUCCAGAUUUUAAGCCUUAUAAAAGGCCAGCCGGUGAUGAGCAGCACAAACUCUCCAUCUUCAAACACCCCGUCAAGUUGUUUUGGCCCAAAUCCCAGUGUUUCGAUUAUCUGUACGAGGACGCGGAGGUUCUUCUGAGAAACUACCCAGUCCAGGCCACAAUCUGCCUGUAUGAGGAUCCAGACACUGAGGCAGAGGAGGAUUACAGUGAUGAAGAGAAUGAGAAAGAGCUCAGAUGAACAGC